AAACAAAACAAUGUUUAACGUUCCUUAAAAAAAACAUUGUUUACCGUAUAAAUGCCAUAAACGGUGCAAGUCUAAUAUUUGUAUGUGUUUCAAUAUCAAAGCUGACUAAAAUGGAGGUGUUUGUGUUUCCCACAACAACAACAAUAAUCAUCUUUGUUCUAACAGUUCUACUUGCUGUGAUUCCAUGGCAUCUCUUCAACAAUUUUUGGCUUAAGCCAAAGAGGUUUGAAAAACUUCUCAAAGCUCAAGGUCUUCAAGGUGAACCAUAUAAGCUUCCAUUCUUUGUAGACAACUCAAAACAAAACUAUAUGUUGAGGUUGCAACACGAAGAUAAGUCUAAAUUCAUUGGUCUCUCCAAAGAAGCUGCUCCAUCUAUCUUCUCACCUUUUCAUCAAACUCUUCAUAAAUAUGGAAAUAAUUCCUUUUUAUGGGAAGGUACAAUACCAAGGGUUAUCAUCACAGACCCUGAUCAAAUUAAGGAUGUCUUUAACAAGACUGAGGACUUCCCCAAACAAAAGUUAAGACCCAUUGCCUUGUAUUUGAGUGUUGGUAUAGUACACCAUGAGGGUGAGAAAUGGGCUACACAUCGAAAGAUAGUCAAUCCGGCAUUCCAUAUAGAAAAAUUGAAAGGUAUGCUGCCUGCAUUUUCUCACAGUUGCAAUGAAAUGAUAAGCAAAUGGAAUGGUUUAUUGUCAUCAGAUGGAACAUGUGAGAUUGAUGUUUGGCCUUUCCUUCAGAAUUUGACGUGUGAUGUAAUUUCUCGGACAGCAUUUGGAAGCAGCUACGCAGAAGGAACAAAACUAUUUCAACUUUUGAAGAAGCAGGGAGUUCUUUUGAUGAAAGAACUACAAACGAACACUCCAUUAUGGCCUUUACCAACAACUAACGAGAGGAUGAUGAAAGAAAUUGAAAGAGACAUCCGUGAUUUACUUGAGGGAAUCAUUAGAAAACGUGAAAAAGAACUGAGGAACGGUGAAACCACCAAUGACGAUUUACUAGGCAUGCUUUUGCAAUCAAAUCAUGCCGAAAAUCAAGGACAUGGAAAUAGUAAGAGUAUUGGAAUGACCACUCAAGAAGUGAUCGAUGAAUGCAAAUUGUUUUACUUGGCAGGGCAAGAGACCACUUCAAGUUUGCUGGUUUGGACAAUGGUGUUAUUAGGCAGGUAUCCUGAAUGGCAAGAACGUGCAAGGCAGGAAGUUUUGCAAGUUUUUGGGAACCAAAAUCCAAACUUCGAAGGACUAAGUCAACUUAAAAUUGUUACCAUGAUUCUGUACGAGGUACUAAGGUUAUACCCACCUAUAAUUGGCUUAGUCCGAGCUCUUCGAAAGGAUUUGAAACUUGGAAACCUUUUGUUACCUGGAGGAACACAAGUUUCGCUACCAGUACAUUUGAUUCACCAAGAUCAAGAUCUAUGGGGUGAUGAUGCAAAGAAGUUCAAUCCUGAACGGUUUUCUGAAGGAAUUGCAAAGGCCACAAAAGGCCAAGUUUCGUAUAUCCCUUUUGGAUGGGGUCCUAGAAUUUGUCUUGGACAAAACUUUGCCUUAUUAGAAGCAAAGAUAGCAAUAUCACUGUUGCUGCAGAAUUUCUCAUUCGAACUUUCUCCUAAUUAUGUGCAUGUUCCUAUCACGGUGCUUACUUUGCAGCCAAAAAAUGGGGCAAGCAUCAUUUUGCAUAAACUGUAAGAGCAUAUCUAAUGGAGUUACUUAGUAGCUUAACUUCUUUAGAAUAAGACACUAUUGCUUCAUGUAGGAAACCACAUUGAUGAGUUUAUAAAUUGCGACAAAUUUGUUAA